CUCAUUCUUGCCACCAUCGGCCAUCCGCCGGAAUCUUGACACAGAACCGUUCUCCACAGCCUUCGAAAUGACAAAAAUUCGCGCGCGUUGGGCGUAAGCGCUUCGUGCUCGAUAGGGAAAACGGCUCCUCUAGUAGAAUCCCCACAGUAUAAAUGCGCGACCAAAAUGCACCGUAAGUAGUAUCACUGAGUACUGUCACUGAGCACGAUGCCCCCGGACGCCACUACUGCUGCUAUCACUCCUCUCAGAAUUACGAUCGUUGGUGCUGGACUGGGUGGGCUCGCUGCUGCCGUGGCCCUGCGGCAGAUCGGGCACGUCGUGCAGGUGUUUGAGCGGUCGGAGAACAAGACGGAGGUCGGCGCGGCGCUGGCGCUGCAGCCGAGCGCCAGGCGGGUGUUGAAGCAUCUCGGAGUCCAGCAGGAAAACUUGAAAGGGGUGUUUUUACGAGGGAUGAUCAGUUUCGACGUUCUGACUGGAGAGGGAAACGAGAUUAGCUUCCCAUCGGACGGGGAACGUGGGGAGAACCAGUUGCUGUUGGGGUGCCACCGGACCGACAUCUACGAAGAACUCAAGCGCGUCGCGCUUCAUCCAGAAGCAGGCCUUCCGCCCGUGUCCAUGCGAUUUGGAUGCAAAGUUCUGUCUUGCUCGCCGGAAGAAGGCGAUGUGGUGCUUCAGUCCGGCGAGACGGUCCACGCGGAUCUCGUUCUUGGCGCAGAUGGAAUCCAGUCGCUCAUCCGGACGCAUGUAAUCGGCUACGUUCAAGAUGCCCCGCCCACUGGAAUCACCUGCUGUCGCUCGGUGUUCAAAGCGCCUCCAACAGACGGCAGCUUCUCAGGUCUAGAGUGGCUCACGGAGGGUGCCGUCGGCAUUCGCUCUAUCCCCUGGAAAGGCCUACCUUUCCGUAUGAUACUUGUCUAUCCUUGCAGGAACGGAGAGCUCGUCAAUUCCAUACACUUUUUCACGGAAACAGCGGAGGAGAAGAGCGACGCCUCACACCCAGUCACGACCCCGUCGAUCUCCCCAGAGGAGGUGCGCGCCAAGUUCGCCGACUACGACCCCAAAUACCACCGCCUGCUCGACCUACCGGAGCACACCGGCCAAAUCUACCGCUGGCGGUUGCGCACGCUCCCUGCGCUCCCGACAUGGUACAAAGGCCGCACUGCGAUCCUCGGUGACGCAGCCCACGCGACGCUUCCGUUCUUGGCCCAGGGCGCGGCAAUGGCGAUCGAAGACGCGGGUGUCCUGGCGGGGCUGCUGCCUCUCGGCACCGCGCGCGAGGAUGUCCCCGCACGGCUUGCAGUGUGGGAGGCCCUUCGGAAGCCGCGGGCGGAAUACGUCAGCAAUAUGUCGAUCCAGCAGGUGAAUGCCAUCAUGGCUGGGCAACAAACCCAUGCGUAUGGUGAUACGGGCUCCAAGUUGGCCGACUACGAUGCGAUUGCAGCUGGACAACAGGCAUAUCAGGACAACUUUACUGGGAAGCAGCAGGCCUAGGUUCGGAGAAAGAGAGAUCGCGAGAGCUUCCUAUUCAACACAAAUUCGGUACAUGCUUUGGGACAUGAAUGCCAAUAGAGUCUUUACGAGACGCAUUGAUCCCUCAUUAUGUCCCUUCUCUCUAACAUAAUUGUGUUGCACGUAUAGUGCGUUUUUGUGUUCAGCCCUUGAGUGAUGGCCAAGUGGAUUUAGAAAGAAUCAAGCUCUCGUCCUUCUGUUCUAUUACCAUAAAAGAGCUGGAAAAUAUUUGGUAUACAUAUGUACGUAUCACUCAGCGUAACCGUCACAUCACAUCAGUAUCACGCUUUCACGAUCGACCACCAUGUCAGAAACCACCGAAACCCAGCUCGUUGUCCCGGCACAGAAGAAGCAGAAGAAACUCAAACCAGCUCGGAAGCAGGUAAAAGCUGGAGAUGUCGUAAAGACGGAGGCUCCGCAGACGGGGAAGGAAUACAACAUCUGGUACAACAAAUGGGCCGGAGGAGACAGAGAAGACAGCUAUUCCAACAAAGUCAAGUCUCAAACGCGUUGCAACAUCAAGCGCGACCAGGGCCUCACGCGUGCGAACGUGACGGGCAUGAAAUACACCUGCCUGUUCUUCGCGCGAGGAUGCUGUCCGUAUGGCUGGGAAUGCGAGUACCGCCACACGCUGCCCGACCCGGAUGACUCGCUGCCGGACAGCUCCAAGGACUGCUUCGCGCGCGAGAAGUUCGCCGACUAUCGCGACGACAUGGGUGGUGUGGGCAGCUUCAACCGCCAGAAUCGAACGCUGUAUGUCGGCCGGAUUAAGGAGACGGGGGUGGGGCUCGAGACGGAGGAGAUCGUGCGGCGGCAUUUUAAGGAGUGGGGUCCUAUCGCACGGGACGAUUCUGAGACGACAUGGGCCGUUAAAGUCCUGCAGUACCGUAGCGUAGCCUUCGUGACAUACACCCACGAAGUCCAUGCCCAGUUCGCAAAAGAGGCCAUGGCGUGCCAGUCUCUCGACAACGACGAGAUCCUCAACGUGCGCUGGGCGACGGAGGACCCGAACCCUGUGCAAAAGGUCGCUGAGAAGCGGCGCUUGGUGGAGAUGGGACAGGAGGCUAUCAAGAGCAAGGUUGACCCCCGCGUCAUCGAUGCCAUGCGCACAAUACGUGCGCUCGAAGAUGGAGAUACUUUGGACGAGCACGGGUAUCUGAUUGAAGGCGGCGAUGUCCAAGAGGAAGAGGAUGAUGAUGAUGAUGGCCAGCCCCAGGCGAAACGCCCGCGACUGGAAGCUCCGCCUCCUCCUGAGGAGAUCGUGCAAGCACAGGGAAUCCUCAGUGCGGAUACUAUGGAGGGUUUGAAGUACUUUGCACAGAUCAGACAGCGGAAUGGCGCCACCAUGUCUGCACCUGCUCGAGCUGCACCCCCGCCGACCCAAAAUUUAGGUCUUGGCCUUGCGGACUACGGCAGCGAUGAUGACGAGUAG